CUUUUCAAAAACUAUGAGUCACCCAGAGGGAGGGAAAUGCCCACCCUGUGGUUUGAAACUAGAGAAAUAAAACUAAGCCUUUUACUCCCUUUUCAGGCAGACGAAAUGGCAGACGAGGGUCCAGUCCAGAACCUCUGCGAGGAAACAACAUGCCGCAUCUGCCAGGAGUAUUUCACAGAUCGAGUGAUCAUAGACUGCGGCCACAUUUUCUGCCAAAGCUGCAUCACCAAGACUUGGGGAAACUCGGACCAAGAUGCUUCUUGCCCUCAGUGCAGGGAACCUUGUCAGCAAAGGAAUGUCAGGCCCAACCGGCAACUGGCGAGCAUUGUGGAAAUAGUCAAGAAAUUCAGCCUUCAGAUGGCAAAAGGGGCAGAAGCGCUGGGAAGGGUUUGCGAGAGACACCAGGAGCCCCUGAAGCUCUUCUGCGAAGACGACCAAGACCCCAUCUGUGUGGUGUGUGACAAAUCCAAGGAGCACAGGGACCACAAAGUGAUCCCGAAGGAGGAGGCCUUUGAGGAGUAUCAGGGUAAAAUUCUGCGUCAUUUGGAGUUCCUGAACAAACAGAGAGAAGAAAUUCUGUCUUCUAAACUGAACGGGGAGACCGAAAGUCAGAAUCUGCUGAAGCAGACAGACAUGGAGAGGCAGAAAAUCAUGGCUGAUUUCAAGCAGUCACACCAGUUUCUGGAAGAACAAGAGCGCCUCCUGCUGGCUCAACUGAAGGAACUGGACGAUGAGAUUAAAUCCUGUGGGGACCAACAUAUUGCAAAACUCUCUGAGGAAAUGUCUUCUAUUGACGACCUUAUUAAGGAGCUGGAGGAGAAGCAGAAACAGCCAGCGACUGAAUUCUUGCAGAAUAUGAGAAGCAUCAUGGAAAGGUGUAAUGAAAAUGAAAAUAAAAAUAAAACCAUGAAUGCAAUAGUUUUUCCUCCUGGAUUAAAAGAGCAAAUAGAUAAAUUCUCUAAAAUGCAUCCUUUUUUGGAGAAGACGACCAAGAAAUUCAAAGAGUCCCUGGAAGAAGUACAGAAUAAGGCUGACUCGUUGCUACUCUCCUCAAGGACAGAGAGCAUGCAACAAGAUGAUGAGAGAAGUUGCUCAAGAAAACUCCAGAGGGUAUCAUCAGGGGAUUCCUUCCAGCCCUCCUUGAGGUCAGCAAGCAUGAAGGAAGGGGACGCCAGGACAGGGAGGCAGGGGAGCAGCUUGGGAGCACUCCGGAGAGUGUCAUCAGUUGGCUCUGUCAUGCCCUCCUCAACACCAGAGAGCAUACAACAAGGUGAAAUGUGCAUCAUGAGGGAGAAGAGCAACUCGGGAAGACUUGGGAAGAUAGAAUCAGUGAAGAUAGUUUUGGAUCCAGAAACAGCAAAUCACUACCUCAUUCUCUCUGAAGAUGGGAAGAGUGUGAGAUGUGGAGGGGAAAGGCAAAAUCUGCCCGACAGCCCAAAGAGAUUCGAUCCCAAGACCUAUGUGCUGGGCAGCGAGAGAUUCCGUGCAGUAAGAAAAUGGUGGGAAGUGGAAGUUGGGGGAGAGAAAAAUGCCACGUGGGCCGUGGGGGUGGCACGCGAGUCGACCCCGAGGAAGGGACAGGUCAGCCUUCAACCCAGUGUAGGAAUCUGGGCUGUGGGAAAAGCCAUAGUUGGCUCAUUGUAUGGACUUUGGGCUUUUACUGCCCCUGAGCGGACGCCUUUGCUCUUAAAUCACGAGCUCAGGAAGAUCCGGGUGACCCUGGACUAUGAAAGGGGUUCUGUGGGAUUUUUUGAUGUCGAAGGAGAUGUCUUGAUCUUCACUUUCCCGAACGCGUCCUUCUUUGGGGAGGAAAUCCGGCCCUUUUUCUUGGUCGGGCAAGGAGCUGAACUGAGCUGCUGAAUCUCCUCACAGCCCCCUCCCCAAUCACCCCCAAUGCCCCGAAAAAGAGGAGUUGUUUUUGCACUUCCCGUGCAGCUGCAUGAGAUUGGCAUGUGGGAAAAACAGUGCUUUUAACAAUGGUCUGGCAGGCAGAAAUCCAACAGGCUAAGCCUCUUCUAGUAUGAAAAUACAGUUAAGGGAAAAGCUUCAUCACGACUGUAUUCCCUCUCAUAUUGUAUUAUGGCAGCCAUGUUUUGUUAUGGUCCUGUGGCAGCCAUUUUGUUACUGGUACCGACAGCACUCCCUCAAAACUUGAAAUGUGCCCUCGUCCAAAAUAAGUGGGCACCCGCUGGUCUACAAUAUCAAUUCUGUACUGU